CUCAUCCAAACAAGACACAUCUUUCCAAAUAAUUUCAUAUGCUAAGAAUUUUAAAGUUAAUCGUGAUUGGUGUGGAGGAUAAAGCGUACUAGAAAAGACUUAUGUUGGUUUGUUGGUUAAUUUACAACUCAUGCGUAUUAUUGUUGACUAGAACUUGAUCCGGUAUUAAAAAAGCCAAUACUGUCAAUUGGUUAAAUAAGCACAUUAAACCAAACAACUAAUUAUAAACAAAUUAUUAAAGUUUAAUAAAAGUUGAAUUUCAAAUAUAAUUGAAGUUAAGGUUUCAUAUUACAAGUCUUGAAAACCCGUGUGGCGCAAGUAUCAUAUUCCUUAGACAAAAUAUGAGUUUGAUUUUUAUUGACUCAUUCUACCGCUCUAUCGUAUAACUAAAACUCGAUUAAAUUAAAUUCUAUUUUAUUAUAAAAUGAGCUAUGGGAAGAGAUGUUAUAAAUUAUGGAAGAAUUAAGCUCAAAAUAUUAUUGAAAUAAAAUAGUAUUUGCUCAAUUACUUCAACUCUCAGGAUUCGUCCCGACACUAGACUAACCGUUCAAGUCCAUGGCGCAGUAGUCCACCACGUUUCCUGUUCUCGCUAUAGUUACCCAGACUUCACAUGAGCCUCUCCAUUGACGAAGUAGGAAAAUUCAAUAAAAAAACUCACAAAGAUGAGCAACACCAUGGUGCUACCAACUACUCUUCGAUGCUCAAUUUUCCCCAUUUCCAUUCCACGCUUUCGCUCUUCUCAAACCUCCGUUUUCCCCAAACUCCAGUUUUCUCGUUCUUCCAUUUCCAAUCCUUUCUCCUCUUUUACAUCCAUGGCUUUCGCUUCUAAGGCGGUAGCAGUUACAAGUGCAAUUGAUGACGUUGAAAUAUUUCAACGCAUUCAAUCUCACCAGGAGAAGGCUGCUAGGCUUCCUCCAGUAGAAGAAAUUCGAACUGUUCUUGCUAACAGUACUCGUGCUAUGCUCUCUACCUUAUCUAAGAAAUAUACUGGUUAUCCAUCAGGAUCAAUGGUGGACUUUGCUUGUGAUGUGGACGGAACUCCGAUCUUGGCUGUUAGCAGCCUAGCUGUUCAUACACAGGACCUGUUGGCCAAUCCUCAUUGCUCACUUCUUGUGGCAAAAGAUCCAGAAGACAGGACAGAUCUAGUAAUAACUUUGCAUGGCAAUGCUGUUGCUGUCACCGACGAUGAUCAAGAAACUGUUCGUGCUACUUAUUUGGCUAAACAUCCUACUGCUUUUUGGGUCGACUUUGGUGACUUCCAAUUUCUGAAGAUCCAACCACAAGUCAUUCGUUAUGUAUCUGGAGUGGCAACUGCAGUAUUGGGAUCUGGAGAAUUCAACAGAGAGGAAUACAGUGCUGCAAAAGUAGAUUCAAUAUCUCAAUUCUCAAAGCCAAUAGCAUCCCAUAUGAACAAGGACCAUGAAGAGGACACAAAGCUAAUUGUGCAGCACUCAACUACCAUACCGGUGGAGUCUGCUUAUAUGCUGGAUGUUGACCAUCUAGGUUUCAACGUCAAGGCUAGCUGUCAGGGGAAAACUUACAAGCUUCGAGUACCGUUUCCGAGACCAGCAAUGGAUAGAAAGGAUGUGAAGACACUCAUAGUUGAAAUGCUUCAAGCAGCGAGGUCAGCCGGAAAUUGAAACCUACCUCUACAAAAAACAUAACUAAUCUACCUUCCUCGCAAUUCUUCAAGAAAUUAUUCUUGGCUAUAACAUGUCAAGUAUUUUUAUUUUAAGUUGGGUUAGCAAAUGGAUAAUGUUAUGCACAUGGGUGGUUCAAGGCAUGUGCAAGGUUCCAAACUACACAAGCCCCCCUAAAUCAAGGGGCCUCAAUUAUAAGUUUAGAUUCUUUUGCUUAGUUCAGUUACUUGCUUUUAGGCCCUAAAAUUUCUAAAAAAUUUGUAAAUUUACUAGGGCCCAAAACAUCAAUGUGUAUUUUUCUCGGCCCCUUAUUGCACAGAAGCUCUAUACUUCAAAAAGAAUAUUUGGCUUUCAUCAAUUUUGCAGGAUACUAGAGUCUAACAUUGAACUUGUUUAGUAGGAGUAUUAUUCAUGUGGCCCUGUCUUGUAGGUAUACAUUGCAAAAUUGCUGUAAGGUCUUGUCUGAAUGACAGAAUGUGAAUAAUACAUAUAUAUAUAUAUAUAUAUAUAUAUAUAUAUAUAUA